AUGUCAUUGGCUGGUCCAACAGAAACAAAUCUGGGUGGACAUUUCCCCAGCACAGCCUUCGAAAAUGGCGGGAGUUCCUCAAAAAGGGAGAGCAACAGCCCAGGUUUUCCCAGGAACAGCGAGGCCUCUGCCAAGAGUGUUGAUUACAGCAGAUCUCGGUGUUCCUGCAGAAGCCCAAGCUCCCACUGCGAUUAUUCAGAAGACUUUCUGUCUGUGUGCUCAGAAACCACAGCUAGAAACAACUACUUAGAGAAGCCUACAGUAAAAGAAAAAAAGGAGAAGAUGAAGUAUAAUGUUUCUAAAAUCUCCCAACCUAAAGGCCAGAAGGAAAUCUCGGUUAGGAAAAAGCACAGCUGGAAUGUACCAUUUCUCAACUCUCAGAUCAGUGUGGCUGCCCAGCGACGCGAUGCCAUGGCCCACCGCAUCCUGUCAGCGAGGCUUCAUAAGAUCAAAGAACUGAAGAAUGAGUUAGCUGAUCUGCACCACAAAGCGGAGGCCACAGUCAUAGAAAACCAAUUUCUGAAACAACUCCAGCUUAAGCACUUGAAAGCUAUAGGAAAAUAUGAGAAUUCACAAAAUAAUCUACCUCAAAUUAUGGCCAAACAUCAGAACGAAGUGAAAAAUUUAAGGCAGCUCCUCAGGAAAUCCCAGGGAAAAGAAAGAGCUGUGUCAAGGAAGCUGAGAGAGACAGACAGUGAGCUGCUGAGGACAAAAGAUGCCUUGCAGGCACUGCAGAGGAUUUCUGAAGACAAGAGUCUUUCAGAGAGAGAAGAGCUCACUCAGAGGUUGUCCAUUCUUACAGCAAAGAUGGAGGCAAACGACAAAAAGAUACAGGGCUUGGAGAAACAAUUGAGGCUGAACAAUAAAGCCUUUACUCGGCAGCUGACCUUUGAGAACCGGAAGACCUUAGCAGCUCAGGCUGCCACAAAGACUCUGCAGAUGGAAAUAAAACACCUUCAACAAAAACUUAAGGAGAAGGAUCGAGAGCUCGAAAUUAGAAACAUCUAUACUAACCGGAUACUCAGAAAUUUACAUGACAAAGAAGAUUAUCCAAAAGUUUCUUCAACAAAGUCAGUACAAGCAGACAAGAAAAGUUUUCCAUUUACGAGUAUGCGACACCAGGAAACCCAAAAAUCGGAAGAUGUUCCACCUUGGACAACUAAGAGCAAAAAGACAACAGGAAACAAUGGUCAUAAAGAGAAAUCUAUUGAAAUAAUCCAUGCAAUUCCUCCCUGUAUCAGCAAACUACCAAACCAAGAGGAUUCCAAGAGAAAAUAUGAAGAUUUAUCCAAGGAAGAACAAUAUUUGGAAGUACAACCGUCUCUGAAGAAUACUGGACAACAGAGAGACAGAACAGAAAAUCAAGAAAAGAAGACCACUUUGGUGAAAGAACAGGAACUACCACCAAAAAGAAUUGAAGUAAUCCAUCCUGAAGGGGAAGGUGGUCAGGAAGACGAUACAGAAAAAGACAAGUUUAAAAGAAGUCCAGAAAUCAGUGACAUGGGUGAUAUGCCAGAUAAAAAUGCUGCUCCAAAUUUCAAAAUACCCUUCAGACAAAGAAAGCAUUAUUCAUUUACAGAAGCAAUCGAAAACCUGCAUCACGGGCUUCCCGCCUCAGGUGGGCUGGUCGGUGCAGGCAGCACGAGGUACACUCAUAGCACAGGCAAGCACCACAGUCACUCGGAAGAAAUGAAGCUGGAGCAUCCUGCCAUCGCCCACGAACCCUCCUUUGCUAAAUCUUCCAGAACAAAGGCAAAAGACACAACUUUCAGGGAGAAGAAAAGCAAUCUAGUGGAGGAACUCUUUGGAUCAGGCUCUGUCUUAAAAAACAACCAAACAAGUACUACUGUUAUGACAGAGCCUGAGGAGACUUUGCAGAGUACAAAGAUACAUCAUCUACCCCCUAGCCAGGCAUCCACCAGCAAUGCUUUUGGAGAUUCUGGAGUAACUGUAGUAAAUUCUAUUAAGUCAUCUUCACCCGCAGAAGGAAAGACAAAGAUAAUUAUUUAA